AGUAGAUGCAGAACCAUGCCGAGUUCGGGUAAUCUGCACUCCUCUGAUGUUUCCGAGAUUGAGGAUGUUGUAGCACUUUUUCAAUGGCCAAAUCGCUGGCACUGAGCUUGCAUUUGCUUAGGCAUUUGGGAGCCCAAGUCCUUCAAUCGUUGGUAGUGUUUCCGGGUAAGCGUCUAUGCUCUCCCUGUCUUCGGACGUCCAGUGUGUAUUCUCUCAGUCAAAGAGGAGUAUGCACCACAACACGAGACCCACUUUUCCUGGUCGCUGGACCUGUUCGUCCUUAUCAAGAGCUUCUUGCGAGUGGAAAUGGCCUAUCGUUGUUGCACCACCUGACUUCUGAUGAGGAUCACACAUUUACAAACCGCUUGUCUUCCUGUACAACAUCUCAGCAAGUUCUACGUCUCCUGCGAUCUCACCCUGAGCUCUCGGGUGCAGCAUCAGCUUCCGUCCUUCACCGAUUGGCUGACUUGGAGCAGGAUGGUGCCGGUGGUCUUCAGAACCCACAAGUCCUGCUGUCAGACAUGGUCUUGAACAAACUUUGUCAAAGACUGGAGCAAGAGUCCGCCGUGUUGGAGGAUGACGUGGUGAUUCGAGCUCUAGAGGGAUGCACACGGCUCUACCUUGACCCUUGGAGUUGCCUGGUGAUAAGGCUGGUGUCUGAGAGUCAGGAGAGGCUAGACUCAGGACGGUUAAGUGUUGAAGCCCUCUGUGGGUUAGCGAGGGCUUUAUUUGCAUUGGAAGGGCCUGAUUGUGGAAUGCUAAAACAGGCUAUGACGCAGCUCCAAAAUAAAGCGGCCCGAUGGAAUGCAACAGACCUAGUGGCGGUUUACCGUACGCUAGCAUCUGGUUUGGGUGAGGAUGGACGCUAUCUGGAGCUUCUGAAUGAAAUGAAUGCUCAAGCACUUCGAUUAGCGCACCGAAUGGACCCAGUUGUGGUUGGUGAGGUUUUAGGCGCUCUAGUCACACUGGGACAGACGCAAGCACUGCCACUAGUUAUUGCGCUCUGCAAGCAAGCUGUCCGUCAUGUGCAAAACUUCACAGAUGCGGAACUGACGGUGGUGUUGUCGGCACUUAUGCACUAUGGACACAGUGAUCACUUUCUUGUUGAAGCACUUGAGCGCCACGUGCCUAAGAUCGCCUUCAGCGCUCACGCAGAAACCAUAACCAAAGUGAUGCAAUAUUUCGGGCGACGACGCAUUCUUUCUCCGCCUGUUUUUAAUGCGGUGGCUGAGAGUUUUGUGUACCGUGCAGAGGAGUACUCCACGUGGCAGGUGUCACAGCAGAUAGUCGCGCUGGGAGUAUUGGGAUAUGUGCCGCCUGACGCAGGGAGAUUGUUCCGAAAGGUGGAGUUGGUAUUGAACGCCCGAUUUUCGCAAUUUCACCCCAAAGCUCUUCUAGAUCUACUGCACGCCUGUACUCUGCUACAGAGGUACCCGCUGAACUUCGUCUCAAAAGUCUUCAGCCCUUACUUCAUGCAGCAGCUACAGGCUGAGGAGGGCAGCGGAAUGGAUCGCACAGUGCUCGCUCAACUCACCCAACUCUACAUGACUGUGAAGCUGGAGUGUCCAUUCUAUGACGGUCUACGGCUGUCGCCCAAGUUUCAUGUUAAGUCAUUUGUGACCCCAAGUCAGUCCCUGGAAACUCAGGUGGAACCUCAACUGUACAACGCUGUGAAAUCUGGACUAGUGGAUCUGCUGGGAGCUCGAUCCUACUUCGCUUCUAGAGUACUCACUCCAUAUUGCUAUACACUAGAUGUUGAGAUUAAACUAGAUGAGGAAGGAUAUGUCCUGCCUGCUUGCCAUAUAGAUGAAGUCCACAAAAGAAUCGCCAUCUGUAUUGAUGGGCCGAAACGCUUCUCUGAAAAUGCAAAAGAGCUUCUGGGCAAGGAAUCUAUCAAGCAACGACAUCUGAGGAUUCUGGGAUAUGAUGUUGUGCAGAUUCCUUAUUAUGAGUUUGAGAAACUGAAGGACAGAAAAGAUGUUGUGGAAUAUCUUCACAAGAAGAUCUUCCCUCACAGCUACAGACUCAGCUGGUGAAUGCUGGAUCACCAAAUCCCACAUCGAACUCAUUUCUGAGUACAUCAAUGCACUUAGUGGACAGUUUGUCCCCCACAUACCGAAACAUGUGUUUUGUGUAAAGUACAAUGUAAAUUAUCAUAAUAAAAGAACUAUAUGAUUUU